AUGGCCUCAUGGCUGCUUGGUUGGAUGCACACCGCAAGCGUACCCACUUAUUUUGAUAUAAGACUAGACAAUGAUACCCUAUGGCUACCACAGACCGGAGAAGAUUCAAGCUACGGCACUCUGGAUGGGACGGUCGUUCUGUGUAUCGGCAAGCCACUGCCAGUGAAGGAUUUCAAAUUGCACAUCAGAGGAAUUCACUAUAAUAACUGGGACUGCACUGAUGCCCAAGGCCAACAUCAGCGAGUUCCAUGGCGAGAGUCAAUAUUUUAUCAUCAGAUCUGGAACUUCAAGAGGGGCUUCACAAAGGGCCAGAAUGUCUUGCAACCAGGAAACCACGAGUUUAACUUCUCGGUCGCUUUAAGCAACAAGCUACCUACGACAAUCGAGGGUCUGGAUGACUGCUUUAUACGGUACAAAUUGACUGCAGAACUCAACUGCCCUUGGGGUGUGAUCAACGAGUCACGCAGUAUGGACGUUUCACGAAUGCAAGACAUAUUCUCUUUCAUAGAGCCACAGGGUAUUGAAGGUUUUUGGGACGAAAAGAUUACCUACCAUAUUACCGUUCCGGGGCACGCUUUCCCUCUAGGCUGUCCUAUUCAGGUCUAUAUGCGAUACAUUCCUCUUCUUAAGGGUCUCUUCGCCGAAAAAAUGAAGGUUCAGCUUCUUGAGGUUCACAGUAUCUCCCAACGAACUGGAUUACAGCCCCCAGUGCGUCGAACAAGGGAGACAGUUGUUGCGGAGGACCUCGCGGAAUUCGAAGAGUUCGAGGAAAACCUCAGCGUUGAGAUCGAUGGGGAUCAAUGGCGUAAUAUCACGCAUACUAUCUAUAUGCCAAAUUCUCUAGCGGCUUGUCGACCAACCAGUCGCUCUUCAGUCCUCGAAGUGACGCAUGCAUUGAAAGUAUCGGUGCGUCUACGGAAUCCCAACGGGAAAUACUCAGAGGUAUGA